AUGGUGGCUGCUUGUGACAAAGUGCUGACAACAUUUUGGAAAAAUUUAUAAACCUCGUCUAUUUUCACAAAAGGCAAAUGCAAUAAGUUUUCAGGAUGGCAAUGACCUUUCUACAGACAUCAAAUUGCCUCGUCUGCAAUUUGUUCAUCGUGGUCCAGCCACCUUCAAAUGGAGAUGAUCCCCUGGGUGUGAAAAAUAGCAUUGAUGUCUUUAGUAAAGAUUCAAUUGUUCCAUCCGGACAGCAACUUUUGGUUACCCUACAAGAGGUAGUAUGUCGGAAAAUCAACAAGACUGAUUCAAAAUCAACAUUGAUAUGCCGAAAAUGUUACAAAACAUGCUGCGAAUAUGAUAACUUGCAGAAAAGAUUAAGAGACAUAAAAUCCGAAAUGGCCAUGCAAUACUCAAGUCGCAAAAUCUCUAACACCGUGAGUCAAGUCAGUAAGAAGUCAGAAGGUCAAGGUCAGGCGAAGGUGGUAGUCGCAGCUUCGAAACUAAAGCCUUUACCAGCCAAUUAUGUCAUCUUGAAUAGAGGCAGUCUGGGUAAACCGGUAUCUCAAUCAAUCCAGCUAAAACUACCAAACACGACCAACACAGUCUUAAUACCAGCGGCCACGACUCCCGUAGCAACCCAUCCUAUGAACACACUCAAAAAUACCCAUCCAAAACCGAAAAUAACUAUCAACAGUCCGCUACUUCUGUCUCCGGUUAAAAAAACCACAUCAUUAGUCGAUGAAAUAGCUGAAAUAUCAGAAGUUACCAAUGGGGGGUUUUCAAUGCCGAUAAUAAAUAGUGAAAAUUCUGCAGGGGAUGAGUUGAAUGAUUUAGCUGAACUGGUUUUGAAAAAAGGUGACGGUGGUGAUAAGGCUGAUGAGGAUGAUGCGGAGAAUAAUGAUGAAUUGCCCAUGGAGAUUGAUGAAGAUUGCACUAAUUCAGCAGCAAAAGAGAAAAGUGGAACUGAUUACAACUCGGUUUUUGCUGAGCAUAUUAAAAAGAACAACAUACAAAACAAAUCAGCAGAUAUGCAAGUGAUCAACAUACAGAGAGAGUCGGACAGUCGAAGCAACUCCGAGAAUGAGAAUGAAAAUGACGAGAACGAGAAUGAGAAUGAACAGGAAGUGGAGGUGGAGAUAUUGGAAGAGGAUGUGGAUGAGGAUACAAUAGUGAUGUCUGAUUCCAACGGCUCGUUUCUCCGCGUAGUGAUGGGACAAGAGUUGUACGGGGACGAUGAAAUAUUCAUUGUGCCACAAAACGGGGAGCAGAAUGAUUCCAACGACGAAUCUCAGAUAGAACUGCAAGUGUCUGGCGACGAGGAGACCGCCAACGCGAUCAUAGCCGCUGCUAAAGAACAGGGUGGAGCCUUCAUAAAGGUGCAGUCUGGUGAAAUGUUCCGAGUGAAGUCUGUGCAGAGCAAAGUUGAAGAUGACCCGUUAGUGGAACGGCCUCUUUCAACAAUCGAGUUAGUGGAGCGAGACGGGUCUUUGUACAAGUGCGUUCUGUGUGAGAACGCCAAGAAGAAUAAGGAUGAAAAUGAUGACACAACGGAAGACAACUCAUCCUCUCAGGAUUCGAACCCGGGCUUCUCGACUAAGAAACCGGACAGCAUCGUGGAACACAUGAAGCAGAUUCACAACUCUAGAGUGUAUGUGUGCGCGGACUGUGGCAUAGUUAUUAGAAAGAGGGCCGAAUACAAUAAACAUAUUGCAACGCAUAGUGGCGCCUCACAGCCACAGAAAAAGCAACACGAGUGUGAUAUUUGCCAUAAACGUUGUGGAUCCCGCAACCUCCUAAUAGAACAUAUGAACUAUCAUAAAGGCAACAAGCCGUACUGCUGUGAAGAGUGUGGGAAGAGAUUCUCGUCUAAAUAUACAUAUCAGGCUCACUUGAAGACGCAUAUGGACCGCCCGCGCCCCUUCAAAUGCAAACAAUGCAGCAAGGCUUUCUUCACACAACAGAACUUGGCGCAGCACGAGAAAACACACUGGGGGGUCAAGGACUUCAUAUGUAAAGUUUGUGGUAAAGCAUUCGGCACCCAGCACAACUUAGAAGUCCACGGAGUAGUCCACUCCGGCCUGAAGCCAUUCGCGUGUGGAGUGUGCGGGAAGGCAUUCGCGAGGAAGGCCGAGAUCAGAGAUCACAUCCGGACACAUACAGGAGAGCGUCCAUUCGCGUGCAACAUAUGCGGCGCAACAUUCUCGCAGCGAAGCAACCUGACGUCCCACGCGAGAGCCACGCACACGGGCGACAAGCGACACAAGUGUGAAACGUGCGGGAAGACUUUCAAACGACGCAGACUGUUAGACUACCACACAAAAGCCGCCCACACCGGCGAGAGGCCGUACCAGUGUGAAGUGUGUCGCGCCACAUUUGUGUAUCCGGAGCACUACAAGAAACACAUCCGGAUACAUACGGGCGAGAAGCCUUAUGUUUGCGAGGUGUGCGGCAAAUCAUUCAACACUCGCGACAACCGCAACGCUCACCGCUUCGUUCACUCCGACAAGAAGCCGUACGAGUGUCUUGUUUGCGCGCAAGGAUUCAUGAGGAAACCGCUACUGUUGGCUCAUAUGAACGCUAGCGGUCACAUGACUGAAUCAAUAGUGGUGAAUCAACCGAGAGUGUCGCAGGAAGAAAAUGAUUCGUUCCGAAUACCCGCACUGGAAGAAAAUCCGUUAGAACUAGAGAAUGAGGAUUCUCAAAACGAAGACAUCUCAAAAGUGUUCAUUCAAGGGGAAAAUAAGAUUAUCGUGCAAGGUGCUCCGGAAAGCGAUGAUUCAACUUUGCUAUCAUUAGCGCAAAACCUAGUGGAGGGCAGUGGGAAAAUAGACGCCAGUAUAUUGGAGUCAAUCACUACCGCAGAUUUAGAGAAAGGCACACAGAUAGUGGCUAACGAUGAGAACGGUGCGACGGUGCGUCUCGUGCAGAUACAACUAGCUGACGGAGGCACCGGCUGGAUCGCCAUCAACUAGACUAGACUAUUA